CUUGUCCCGCGUGUGUGCGGCUCUCGUGCCGAUAUUGAUGGCGCUGUGCUGAUGGAAGAGCCCAAGAGUUUGAACGGCAAAAGUGAACGGGAGCUUCGUCUCAGCGGACUCGAGUCGCGCGCUUGCUUCACUUUUUUUUUUCUCUGCCUCUCUUUCUCUCUCUCUCUCUUCUCUCUCUCUCUCUCCCCCUCUCUCAGGUCGAAACUAACCGCGACACAAGUGGCAGCUUUUGCAACAGGGGGUUUUUAAGGAUAUUACAAUCUUCCUAAGCAUGCCGAGCCCUGCUCGCUGCUCGUAAAUCCGCCUCAGUUGUGCUCCGCACCGCCACAUGCCUCACGGCGGAUGAAAGCGCGCGGCACGGCGCGGUGCUACAAGAGACAGCGGACAAUGAAUCAAACGCGAGUUUUGUAACGCAUCCGGACGACUUUUCCUAUCGUUUGUUUUCUAUUCAGAAGACCGCAAGACGAAACAAUCGCUCCCCUCGGCGCUUCAUCACCACAGUUUCACUCAUGGCUCUGUGAAAUCUCCGCGUACUGUACUUCCUCCAGCCACCCGUCGUCGGGACUUUUCUCUAAGGCUGCACUUGAUGAUAAUGCCGAGAGUUUGGAUAUACGGCUUUAACAGUACAGUACAGUAGAUGUGUGUAACUCGAGGCGGGGUUAAAGUUCAGCUCUAUGGAGCGCUGAAGCGUCGCGCGCACUUCGCAGAGUUGGAAAUGUGAAAGCAAGAAGCGAGGCUUUAUUUUCCCUCUCUCCCUUCUUCUCUGUCUCUCUUUUUUUUCUCUUUUCAUACACACAUAUACAUACACACCCCAUACAUUCACACAUACACACCCUCACGCACACACACACAACAUCGUCAAUUCAAGAGUUAAAACCGACAGAUAUGUAUUCUCCGCUAUGCCUAACACAGGAUGAAUUCCAUCCUUUCAUUGAAGCACUGCUGCCCCAUGUGAGAGCGUUUGCCUACACUUGGUUCAACUUGCAGGCCCGCAAAAGAAAAUACUUUAAGAAGCACGAGAAGCGCAUGUCUAAGGAAGAGGAGCGCGCCGUAAAGGACGAGCUGCUCAGCGAGAAGCCGGAGGUCAAGCAGAAGUGGGCAUCGCGGCUGCUGGCCAAACUCCGCAAGGACAUCCGGCCGGAGUUCCGCGAGGAUUUUGUGCUCACUGUCACCGGGAAGAAGCCCCCUUGCUGUGUGCUCUCCAACCCCGACCAGAAGGGCAAGAUGAGGAGAAUCGACUGCCUGCGUCAGGCGGACAAAGUGUGGCGCUUGGACCUGGUCAUGGUGAUUUUAUUCAAAGGUAUUCCGCUUGAAAGUACUGACGGCGAAAGGCUGGUUAAGUCUCCGCAGUGCUCGAAUCCGGGACUGUGCGUGCAGCCGCAUCACAUAGGAGUUUCCGUAAAGGAGCUCGACCUGUACUUGGCCUACUUCGUGCAUGCAGAAGCAGGGCAGUCUGAUAGUCCGAACCAGCCCAGUGAAGGCGACAUCAAGGACCAGCCAGAAAAUGGGCACCUUGGCUUCCAGGACAGUUUCGUCACAUCAGGUGUCUUCACCGUCUCUGAGCUUGUGCGAGUCUCACAGACCCCCAUCGCGGCAGGGACAGGGCCCAACUUUUCGUUGGCAGACUUGGACAGCUCUUCCUACUACAGUAUGAGCCCUGGGGCCAUGAGGCGCCCCCUACCCAGCACUUCUUCAAGCAGUUCUGCAAAGCGUAUCAAAUGCAUGGAGGAUGAGGUGGACAGCCCGGGAGAGGAGUCCUACUACCCAGGUCAGGGACGCUCGCCUGGAAGCGGCAGCCAAGCCAGCAGCUGGCAUGAAGUAGAGCCAGGGAUGCCAUCGCCUACCACAUUAAAGAAGUCAGAGAAGUCUGGUUUCAGCAGCCCUGUGCCUUCGCAGAUCGCUUCCCCUCGAACGGCAUUCACACACCAUCAUCGACCUGUCAUUACAGGACCCAGAGCGAGUCCUCACGCCACGCCGUCAAGUCUUCAUUUCCCGACGUCGCCAAUCAUCCAGCAGCCUGGCUCGUACUUCUCCCACCACGCCAUCCGCUACCACCCCCAGGAGACGCUCAAGGAGUUUGUCCAACUUGUCUGCCCUGACAGUGGUCAGCAAGCUGGACAGGUGGGCUUCCUUAAUCCCAACGGGAGCAGUCAAGGGAAGGUGCACAACCCGUUCCUGCCCACCCCCAUGUUGCCUCCUCCUCCGCCUCCCCCAAUGGCGCGACCCGUGCCCCUGCCCGUGCCAGACUCCAAACCUCCCUCCACCUCCACCGAGGGAGGCGGCAACUCCCCCACCUCGCCAACCUACUCCACACCGAGCACGUCUCCCGCUCAGCGCUUUGUCAGCGUGGGCCCCAGAGACCCCAGCUUUGUAAAUAUCCCUCAGCAGCCUCAGUGGUACCUGGGCUAAAGACUCCCGACACGGACCGGCCGCUCCCGAGGUCACACGACCACCCCCUCUGUCUCCCCUGAGUACGACCCGCAAACAUGUACACCAGUCUGAACAGAGAGAAGCCACUUGCUGCCCCAGUACCGGACAGACCCACAGCAUGGCUCCAGCAGAACCCCGCCAAGCCCUGGAACAAGAGGAACCGACUCAACGCGCUUACACCCACUUACUAUAUAUCUAUAUAGUCCAUAUGUAUUCUUCCAUAUGUAUGGUUUACAUGCCUAUAUUCAUAUAUAGUAGCUGUCCAGCUCUUCUGAGGGUGGAGCUCAAAAAAAAAAUGAAGAGCUUUGUUUUCUCGGAAACGUGCACGUUUUUUUUUCCCCUUUAGUUUGGUUUUGUUGUGUUUUUUGUUCACCCUCACAGAUAGACGAGGAAAACGUAACAUGACGCACUCAAAGAGCUUCCCGCUUCUGUGCCUGUGGUCUUAAAGUGAAUUUCUAAGGCUUUUCCAACGCAGCCUAUGGCCAAGGGUCGCAAACCCACAACCACCCGGAGGUCGGAGCUCUGCCUUUCAAUAACUCGUGUUUUGAUGGAUCAAUCCGGUUUUCGUAUCGGUGAACGUUGGAGGUUUUGCCUGGGUCAGAUAUGCCACCAGCUAAAAACCUCUAUUGCGUCUGCUGGCCAGGACCAUUUCCUCCCCUUUCCACCAUCAUCACCACCACCAUCAAUACCAUGUCAGAUCAAGAACUUUCAAGGACUCAACCAAACCCAUUGUUUUCAGUUGUUUUUUGUCAUUUUGGGGCAGGCGAUGAAGAAGUCAUGAACGGUGAUGUUUGAUACCAGGUCAUUUUACGGUAUGCUAAUGGGAGAUCUCCCUCCCCAUUUGGAGGCAUGUUUAUAUUUUGUGUUUUUCGUACAAAAAUCUUUGCGAUUCUUUCUACUAAACCCCAGCGGAAGGUCUGUCGCACGCCAAGGGCCAAGUGAAGUUUCGAUCUUCCAUAAACUUCAAGAAAAGGUUAACCGUGAAUACUGAAUUGAGGAAAGUGCAAUUUUGUUGGGUAGAUGUUGGAUUGUUAAAUAUCUUUGUAAGAUAGAUCGUUGAAGCGAUUGUUGAAAAGUAUAUAUAUAAAUAUAUAUAUAUUUUUCUUCCUAGUCCAUUCACACCUCCAGGACUCUAAAAUAUCGGGGUACAAAAAAAGAAAAAAAAAACACGUAAAAAUAGAACAAAUAGCCUUGUGAGAAAUAAGGGGAUCUGUAAUUGAUUUUUCUGUUGUUGUUUUUUAUGUGUUUGUUUGUUUGUUCAUCGAUUGUUAGCAUUGUAGAACAAAUAUCCCUUUAAGAAAUAUCAACAUUUAAACAAUCAAUUUAGUACAUUUCCGAAAUGCUAAAGCAAAUGUUUAAAUUUAACCGAACACAUAAUUAAAUAUGUAAGAGAAUUAGCCGUUUGUGAAAUCAUGAAUGAAAAAAGUUAACGCAAGAGGCGAAAUACUGAACUAACUUCCUCGUGAACACUUUUGAAAGUGUCGCGCAAAAAUGUGAAGAUCCAGCUUCCCUUGCAUGCAAUUAUUUUUUGUUUUUUUUUGCGUUUUUAUUCAUUUUCUGUACGAAACACACACACACACACACACACACACACACAUAUAUAUAUAUAUAUAUAUAUAUAUAUAUAUAUAUAUACAUACACACUUGCAGUCUCAUCCACCGUCAUCAAAGCUCAGUAAAGUUUUUUAAAAAAUGUAAGAAAAUAAUCUGCAUGUUCUAGUGUUAGUGACAAAUUUUUACAUAGAUUACGUAGAGUUAAAGUAGUGUGAAAAAUAUUGUAAUCCCAACAUCAGGCACUUGCCGAUCAAGUAUUUGUUUGGUCCUUUAAAAAGAGGGUAUUUUUACUGCUGUUCUCACAAUCAACCAGCUAAACAUCUCUCUGACUCUUCUUAGCUUGUCGUCAUUUCUAUAAAGUCUCCCUUCCUCCUUUAUUCUCGUCAGAACAAUCACUUUCAUACGUACGCACUUCAUCGUCCCUUUCCCAACUGCACGAACGAUUCCACAUCAAUGUGCCUUGAGCGAUGGUCUAGUUCUGAGUUAUUGCACAAGCUGCAAUGUGGAGACAAUUUUUUUCCCGUUUCACCCCACCUCCCACAUGUGGUCAUUCGGAGAGAGUGAAAUUAGUGCUAAUUGAUAAUACACAGUAUUACUCUCCAUUUAACUACAUAUCGCCACUUUCGGCCGUCCGUUGCUUCGAAAAUCCCAUCGUUCACACUUCAGUCAGUUGAAAGUCAAUCAUUUGCCCAAGAAAAUGCGUAACACGAAGGUUGUAGUGUCAUCAUGCCCAGUUUUCUCUGAUUUAACAAUAGUGUAUUGAUAUUUAUGAAUGUUGCUGCGAUUUCUAAAUGACGACUACUUUUUUUUUUCGGUCUUCCUGUAUUUUUUUUUCGUUCCAAGAGAUGGAUAAUGAGGAAAAGAUUAAUAUGCAAUACUUGCUUGUACUCAUGUAGUCAAUUUAUUUUUUUUCACCAAAGUGAGCACUUGACAGGUCAAGCGGCUGAACUUCAGUGUGUUUUUUUUAUGCCCAUGACACGAGAAAACGCCAUUGAUCAGCCACACUUGGGUUUCACACAAACAAUCAUCAUUGUUUUCGCAUACUUUGUGUUUUAUCGAUCAAUCAAUCAAGCCUUAAAAACGAAGAAACUUCCUUUCCAUCACAAACACUCAAAAUCGAACACGUCCAGGACAAAAAAUUAUGCCCAGGUUUUGUACAUUUUGAAAAGUUCCAUGUUAUAUUAAUUGUUUACCUGUUUAUUUUCUAUUGCAUAUAUCAUUUAAGAAAAAACAAAUCUAAUUAUGGGGACAAAUUUCCCAGACAUAUGAUGUGAUGGUUUAGUAGUUACACUUGUGUGGGGUUUGUUUUUUUUAGCGUGAUUUUUUUGUCAUUGUUCUUGCCUACCCUUUAGAAAUGAGUUGGGCAUUACUUUCUUAAUUGUCUGCACUAAAUAUAAAAUAAUGACAAUUGUGAUAAUUGAAAAAAAAAAAAAGAAAAAAAAAUAGCUUCCAGGGCUUAAAAGAGCGAAGGGAAACACGAUUGCACGGAUUUUUUUUUUUUUUAUGUCACAAAAACCUUGUUUCGAGCAGCCUGGCAUCUAAUCAGUGAGAUUGGCUGUAUGUGUAAGAUAAUGACAAAAUUGCACCCUUUUUAAAGAAAGAAAAAAAGAGAAAAAGAAUUACAAGCAAUAGUUUGGGCAGUCUGUUUUGUUCUCGUGUUGUGUGUGUGUAAUUUAGUUUUUUGGUACAAUGUUGGAGAAGACGCGGGAGAAGCGAACAAACCGAAUGGAUUAGAUACGAGAGUUAGUGCGGACGCACCUGAGUAUGGGAGAUUUGAUGUUUGUAUAUUGUAUAGUUUUAUUAAUUACACUGAUUUUAAAGCUGCCCUAUUUUAUAAUGCAGGACUUUUGUAACAUUGAUUAAAUGAGGAAAAACUAGUGUUGUGAAUCUUCUGAUCGUUUGUAUUAAGGCCACAUAAAUAGAACUGGUUUUGUUUGUCCUCUGGGGAACUGGAUUUAAGUUGAAAACGUCCUGUUUCCUGUUUUUCUUCUUUUUUUUUUUUUGCUUUUUGCUUUCCUUUUUGUAUGUAUUUAAGGACUUAUUUCUUCUUUCGAUGGUAUAGAAGUACUCCUAUACUUGAAAAGUGUAGGAUGCCGAGGUGAAACCCCCAUUGUAAAUGGAUGUUACAAGUAUGCUGUAUGUUUUGAAGGUUAUUUGUUGCAUCAGUGUUGAUGAAGCUAAAUCUAGACAAUUCUGAGGAUGUUGGUAAGAAGAGAGCGUUUUUAUGCAUUUUAAAUUUAGUUUUAGGCAGAAGACAAUGACAUAGACGGCCAAAGGAUGCCCCUAUUAUAAAUGCAUCUAGGCAUCUUUUUGUGUUCACCAUUCCAUGCAGGAAAAUAAACCGCUUGAUAUGCAACAUGAUUCUUUUUUCUUUUCAACUUCUUCAUCUUUCUUCCACCGCCCACCAGCACACACAGAGACACUCGAGUGACAUUAAAUGACGGAAAGGUCAGUCACGAUGGGCCGUCGAUAAAGCCAUUCCUCACUCAGUUCUACAUUUCAUGUGAAAGCGAGGCCCUCAGGUUACAUAACUCAAACGGAGAUCGCUUUAUGGUGGUUUAAAACACUAAAAAAAGACAUACAAUUACUCAAUGCUAGAAAUUACUCAAUUACACAAAAUGUUCAAAAAUACGUACAUUUUGAGUCCUACGUGUCGUCAGCGUUCCCAUCCCAUUUUUGUCAUAUUUCAGUUUGGCUUAGGUUAAACUGUCUUUUUUUCGUUCACAUGGAUUACAUAAAAUAUUACAAAUAAUUUGUGGCAUUUUAUCAAAAUCUGACCAUUCUACAACUUUAGUGUUAUUUUAAAGGGAUAGUUCACCCAGAAAUGGAAAUUGUGAUAAAAAUGUUGAUGUUACCCAUUGACUUCCAUAGUUUAGAAAAAAAAAUAGUCAAUGGCUACCAUCGGCUGUUCAUAAAUUAUGACCAGAUUUUUAUUUUUGGGUGAACUAUCCCUUUAAUACUUCCAUUCACCAUAACAUCGGUUUCAUACUAGUCCUAAAACAGGGUUGAAUAAAGGUCCCGCAGGCCUUGACCGUUUUUAUGUCCCCACUUUUGUGGGCCUUUCUUAUUGUAUCACUUAAAUUAAUUUGAGGCGGGAACAAAGCAUUGGAUGGUUUAAGGCAGAAAUACGGCUUAUAUCAGGGUACGAUUCAAUCGUGAGACAUUUUAAAGUCUAAAAACCAAAAACACUAUAAUUGAAUCAAGUAUGCGGCCAUUCAUUGAAAUAAAGAACUACAGAUUUGACUACAGGUACACAUUUGUUUGUUACGCUCAACACCCAUGUUUCACUUUCGGGAGUCGAUUUGCAAAACUGGGCCUGAUGAGGAUUCAGGGCCCAUCGUAUGGAUAAACGUGUUGUCAACUUCACUAUACCAUGAAUUUAACCCCAUCAUGCACCAGUGGCGGGGGGCUUAACUGCACCAAACAGUAUCAUUACAAGGUGCUAAAUUUUGCUGAUAAAGUGGAGGCUAACUGGAAACGACCCUGCUUUCUGAUAGCAUAGCAGCGUAAUCUGCAUGAAAACUAUGCACUGACGACACGCUAAUCUAAUCAGAGUCUGGUACUUGCACCUUUGCCUUCCUCUUUUUUAAGAACUUGUAUCGAAAUCAAAGGAAUAACUGGACUAUAAAAGCAAACCAGCAUUUUACUUGAUGUAUUUAAGAAGAUCAAAUGUAGUGCCUGUUAAAAACUGUAUUAUAUCACUCUCUGAAUAUCAAACCAGUUAACAGUUUAUAAUCGUUUGUUUUCUCAACACCACUAGCCUUUUUCUGAUUAUAGCUGUUCAGUAACCACACUCUAUAAACUGCAUGCGCCUCCAUAAUGAACUGAUAUAAACACGACUAGAUGAUCUAACAUAGCUCUGCCACCAGUCAAAAUCCUCCAAGAUGCUUCUCCAUUUACUUGUCCCCAACCAGUUUCACCGUAGUGAAGUCAAGGACGUGAUAUACGUCUACAAAAGCAUGGCGUCCACCUAAAUUCUGGCCCAUGUCCUGCUGUAGCCCUCAGUAUCUCCAUUAUCUCCAACAACAAUCACGAAGGUCUGUGUUUCCUCAUGUUCUAACACUCCACAAUCGAUACUCACUGGAACUGGCGUCUUCUUGCUGUAGAUGCAAUCCACAGUAUCUCUGGAGUUCUCAAGUUUAAUACAAAAGGCUCUUUGAUGGGGACGAGAAUCGUGAAGAACGAAUCCGAUUCCGUAAUGGUUCCUUUAAAGAUUCUGUUACUGGUUCUAGGGAAUAGAUAUUUGGAAGAAAGGAAAAGAAAUGCAAUUCCAUUACCAACUGAUAUCAUUUUGAAAUUGAAUGUAUUAUUUAAUAAAUAAAUGCAAUCUAAUAAUUGCGCUUAGUUACAAACAACACAAUAAUACUAAAAAAAUGUAAGUCUGAUUUAAAAAAAAUUUUUUUUAUAAAAUGUUACUGAUAAAAUGCAUAAUGUUUGUUUUUAACCACAAAUUAUCAUUGAAACAACCGGUCAGCAACUACUGUAGCCCAUAGUCAUUGUACACUAUUUGCGCUGUUUCGGUUCACUGAUGGGAUCCGACUCAUUGGAGUUCAUCUUUUAGGAAUCGAACUACACUGAUGUUGAACUCUAUAUUUUUGAUUCAUUAACAGACUUGACUCAUAGAUUCGUUCAUUCGAUUAUCAGAGUACACUUUUUGGGCUUUACUAAGAAGAACUGAUUCAAAAAAGUAUCUUUUGGGAAUCGGACUACACUGGUCGUGCUAAAUAUUUUUGAUUCAAGCCCCGGUUUGAAAAAUCAUUUGUUCGUGAAUCAAAUUCCACUAGUUGAGCUAUGUUUUUGAUUCACUAAAAAGAAUCAACUUACAUUUAGAGUUUAGUAGUGGUGUUACGGUGUCACCGAAUAAGUAUUGCAGGAAACUGUAGAAAUACAAUUCUUUGUUGGCAGAAGAAUGUAUGCGUGAGAACCGUUUACAGAGUUUUAAGAGGUCCUCUAAAGAGUUGUUUGACUUCAAGCUAACUAAAGGGUAGGAUUCAAAUAUCGAGUGUGGACUCGAGGGACUCGAAAAUAAUAGUUUGCAUACCAGGAUCAAAUCCAACCCCAAGGAAAAGAGGUCUUCUAGUAAUCAGUAAUAUCCAUAAACCAAAUCAUACAGCAAAUGGUUAUGAUUAAAGUGUUUCCUCUUUGUUUAUACUGAUUAUUAAAUAUCUUAAGGACAUGUUGUACCACAUAUUUUUGGAAAUAGAUGUGCUUGUGCGUAUAGUCUUAGGAUGUUCAACAAAGUUCUGCUAGACCCCUUCUGUUGAAAAUGAACCAGCACUGCGGCCCUAAUCGUAAAGAAGACAAUCGCGGUGGAUAGCGUGAAAGAUUACACAUGAAUCUCUGGCGUGAUGUUACAAGACCCCUUCAACCAGCUCCACCACCCCAAAUCUUCAUGUCCAUCAUCAUCCUUCAUACAUCUAACCCCAUCUUCUGACAAAACAGAACUAUUUUAUGAAAUUUUAUGAAAAAGUACGCAAGACGGUUCAGCUGAGCAAGUAGGCAGGUUGUGCGCAAAUGUACAACCGUACCAAUUCCCCGAAGCGUAAAAUAGUUACGAAUUGUUAUCUCAUACGACUCCAUCUCACAUCGCAGAAUCGCCGUAUACAUACUUAAGUUUUAAAUACAAUCAAAAAAAUAAAAAGUAAAAUACAAAAAAAAUAAAUAAACCUUGUGCCUAUAAUACAUUUCCAGAAGAAAACUUCACGUUGUAUUGGUACCAGCUCCAUAACUAGUUCCACGGAGCUUCUGUAUUUGAGCUGUGAAUGACUUUGCUUUUCGGUUCUUACUCUGAACUUUUUCUCCUUGUUUUUACUGUGUGUAGUGACAUUGCCCCUUUCUCUUGGAGCCAUUAGUGUCCACCUCCAUCGACUCAAUUACUAAAAGCAAGAUGUGCAUUUCCUAUGCAAAGAGAAAUGAGAGAAAAAAAAGAAACCGAAAUAAAAGACGCUAAUGCUGUA